UUGUAUGCAUGGUUCCAGCCUGUUGUACUUGGAAAAAUAUAACUGCCAAUUUUGUCAAUCAUGGAUAAUAGCAAGAUCUCUCAAGAAGACAUAUACUACAAUGAUGUGCCGUGGAACUUGGUGCUUUUGCCAUUUCUCAAUGUAAACACACUCAUGGGGGAGAAAUGUGAUCUCAUCUUCUUUUCUUUUUCUUUCACCACGAACCGGUUUCUUUAAGCUGGCCAGCAAAUGCACAAGAUAAUCGUGAAUUUACCUCCAAUAAACCUCUUUGUUGUGAAUUGGGCAUGUUGACAUUUGCAUCAAUAAUUCAGAAACGCCGCAGAAAAGCUGCAGAUAUUUUGGUUAGUCCACUAACAGAGCACUGCCACUGCCCGGUGCAGCCCAGCACAACAGCCAGGUUUUGUACAGCCUUCAGGAUAAGGCAACAUGGAUGAUAGAUUGUGAGGCUCAAAUGGCACACUAGAGCUAGAUAGAACAGCCCAAAGGGAAAUAUCUUGUGAGGCUUAAACAUUCCAUUUUUUUCCUCUUGCAAGUGCAGCUGCUGCCCCUCAUUCUUGCACCACUACCAGAAGCAGAAGCGACCACAAGCUCGACGAUAUUUGUCCCUUUGGGACAAGUGAAGGUUUGCCUGUGAAGACCUUCACUCUGUGCUUAUCAUAAUUUCAGGUUGAGGAUACAGGCGCCGUUGCAUUAUCAUCCGAUGAACGCAGGACCAAGAAAAUGGCGCAUCUGCGCCUGCGGAAACAUUCACCAAGGAACUUCUUCCCUGCGCGACGCCGAGGCGAAUGGCCAUCGACACGGCGAAAGGAAGGGGAAACGGAAGCAUGAGGGCGCCUACAUUGACAAAGACGGCGAAGCCCAGACCUUCGACCGGAAGAAAAUAUCACGGAAAAGAGGGGGUGCAAUGAGAGGCCGCGGCUGGAAGUACGGCUCCGGGUUCGUGGACGGCGUCUUCCCGGUGCUCAGCCCGAUGGCGCAGGACAUCCUGGAGCUCGUCCAGAAGGGGACGGACGUGGCCAAGGUGUGGGAGUCACUGGACAACGUCCCUCCCACGCACGCCCUGUGGGACGACGUCCUCAACGUCGCCGUCCAGCUCCGCCUGAACCGGCAGUGGGAUCAGGUCAUCUCGGUCUGCGAGUGGAUCGUGCACCGGAGCUCCUUCCGCCCCGACGUCGUUUGCUACAACCUGCUGAUCGACGCGUACGGCCGGAGGCGGCUGCUGGGCAAGGCGGAGGCCAUGUACGCGGCAUUGCUGGAGGCCCGGUGCGUGCCCACGGAGGACACCUACGCCCUCCUGCUCCGCGCCUACUGCACCGCUGGGUCGCUGCACCGUGCCGAGGGCGUCAUCUCCGAGAUGCGGGAGCAUGGCAUCCCUCCGAGCGCGACGGUGUACAACGCGUACCUCGACGGGCUGCUCAAGGCGAGGUGCGCCGAGAAGGCGGUGGAGGUGUACCAGAGGAUGAAGAGGGAGCGGUGCCGGACCAACACGGAGACGUACACCCUCAUGAUCAACGUCUACGGGAAGUCGAAGCAGCCGAUGUCGGCGAUGAAGGUAUUCAAGGAGAUGCAGUCGAUCGGGUGCAAGGCCAACAUCUGCACCUACACGGCGCUGGUGAACGCGUUCGCGCGGGAAGGCCUGUGCGAGAAGGCCGAGGAGGUGUUCGAGGAGAUGCAGCAGGCCGGCCACGAGCCCGACGUCUAUGCCUACAACGCCCUCAUGGAGGCUUACAGCCGCGCAGGGUUCCCGCAAGCCGCCUCGGAGAUUUUCUCCCUGAUGCAGCACAUGGGGUGCGAGCCCGACAGAGCUUCCUACAACAUCCUGGUGGACGCCUAUGGGAGAGCCGGCCUCCACCGAGUUCUUGAUGGACGCAGAGGCGGAGGCCGUAUUCGAGUCUCUGAAGCGGCAGGGGAUGGCGCCGACGAUGAAGUCGCACAUGCUGCUGCUGGCGGCGCACGCCAGGUCCGGCAACGUGGCGCGGUGCGAGGAGGUGAUGGCGCAGCUGCACAAGUCGGGUCUCGCCCCGGACACCAUCGCGCUCAACGCCAUGCUCAACGCCUACGGCCGCGCUGGCCGCCUCGACGACAUGGAGCGGCUCCUCGCCGCCAUGGAGCGCCGGGGGACGCGCGACGUGGGCACGUACAACGUGGCCGUCAACGCGUACGGCCGCGCGGGGUACCUGGAGAGGAUGGAGGCGGCGUUCGCGUCGCUGGAGCGGAGGGGCCUCGCCGCCGACGUGGUCACGUGGACGUCCCGCAUGGGCGCCUACGCCAGGAAGAAGGAGUACCGGAGGUGCCUGGAGAUCUUCGAGGAGAUGGUCGACGCCGGGUGCUACCCGGACGCCGGGACCGCCAAGGUGCUCGUCGCCGCCUGCUCCGACGAGCGGCAGGUGGAGCAGGUCACCGCCAUCGUCAGGUCCAUGCACAAGGAGGCCAAGACAUUGUUCACCAUAUGACAAAGAUGAAGGAAAAUCUUGUGCUAAUUAGCUAGUGUAGACCAGAUAAGAUUACUCCUUCAUGGAUUGUUUAUCUAUUAUUUCCCGGUCCCAUGAUAUAAGAGUGUUUUCGUUCCAUGAUAUAAGAGUGUUUCUAAUACUCUCGUAUCACGGGAAAACACCCUUAUGUCAACACUUUUAUAUCAUUGGGACGGAGGGAGUACAUUACAAAAUUUUGCUGUUUCACAAAAUCGAUUGAAAAGUCAAUUAUAAGUUUGGUUCA